UUUGUCCACUGUCAGUGUCUCCCAUCUCAGGCAGUGGCCACAGCAGAGUGUUUUAGCCUAGCUCCAUCUAGGAUGUUGUCUCUGAGCUGGGGCAUGAGGCUGGUAGGAAGACCUGUGACCCUUGGGGCCCCCCUCUUGCUGGUUGCACUCUGGGUGCUGCUCCUGGUUCCAAGCCAGUGUUUUCAAGGCCGUCCCACAUGGCGUUAUAUCUCAUCAGAGGUGGCCACUCCUCGGAAGGUGACCUACCAUGGCAAGGGUUUUCAAGCUCCAGGACGGCUCUCCUACAGCUUGCGGUUUAGAGGCCAGAGACAUAUCAUCCACCUGCGAAGAAAGACUCUUAUUUGGCCCGGACACUUGCUCCUGACGACUCAGGAUGACCAAGGAGCCCUACAGAUGGAUUAUCCUUUUUUCCCUGGAGAUUGCUAUUAUGUUGGCUUCCUGGAGGGGAUCCCUUAUUCCACAGUCACUGUGGAUACUUGUUCUGGGGGCCUGAAGGGGGCAGUGAUGCUGGAUGACCUUGCCUAUGAAAUCAAACCCCUCAGUGAUUCACACAGGUUUGAGCACGUUAUUUCUCAGGUAGUAGCUGAUUCUGACACAGUGUUGCCUACAAACGAAUGGAAGCACAUGGAGCUUAACACAGAACCCCUCUUCUCUGGAACAAAUGCCAGUGUGGCUCCCAGAAUUUCUAGCAGAGACUAUGCUUCCCAUCCAGCUGCUAUCAAAGGACAUUUUCAAGCAGCUCCCAGUGUGUUUUUGAAAGCUAACUCAAAUGUUACAAGGUGUGCUCAUUAUUUGUUUUCGUUAGCAAGCUUAAUGGACAGCUAUUUAAGGAGCAUUCAUUUGCGGUACUAUGUUAUUCUCUUAACUGUGUAUGAAAACGGACGUCCAUAUAAUCAUGCAAAAGUGAUAAGUGACACGUUUCUUCUAUACUAUAAGAGGACCUUUUAUGACAAACUUAGGCCUGAUUCAUCUAAUAUGAUUAGUGAAUGGGGACCAAAAGAUAAUAUCGUUCCAGCUAUACAUAGUAUGUGUACUUAUAAGGCCCUAAACUGUGUUGGUCAAAAUGACAGAUAUUAUGUAUAUGUAUCUGUGAUAGUAGCCAAUCGUGUUGGGAGGAUUUUAGGUCUGAAUUUUGAUAAUGAGACGUACUGUGUUUGUCAGAGAAGGUCUACCUGUGUUAUGUUCGAGAACCCUCUACUAACAGAUGCUUUCAGCAAUUGCUCCCUCUCAGAGCUAAACAAUUUAAUCAAUACGCCUGGAGAGCUGCCCUGUCUUUUCUAUGACUAUCACACUUACUAUAACAGAUCAGUAACCUACAAGGUUUGUGGAAACUCCAUAAUAGAUGAAGGGGAGCAAUGUGACUGUGGCUCAAACAAGGCUUGCUAUGCAAAUACCUGCUGUGAUAAUAAUUGCAGGUUCUCUAAAGGUAGCAUUUGUGACAGAGAAUCAUGUUGUGCAAACUGCACCUACAGCCCUCCUGGGACACUUUGCAGAAGCAUCCAGAACAUAUGUGAUCUUCCAGAAUAUUGUAAUGGGACUGAAGUCCACUGCCCAAAAGACUUUUAUCUGCAAGAUGGAACACCAUGCUCAGAGGAGGGGUACUGCUAUGCUGGGAACUGCACUGAUCGCAGUAUCCAUUGCAAGGAAAUCUUUGGUGUCAGUGCUCGAGCGGGUAAUAAAAUGUGCUAUGAAAUCAAUAAGGAACAGCACCGGUUUGGACAUUGUCACAGAUCUCCAGAAAGCCUCUUAUUCACACCUUGCUCUGAUAAAGACAAAAUGUGUGGAAGGUUGCAGUGUACCAAUGUCACCCACCUUCCACACUUGCAGGAUCACGUUUCAUUUCAUCAGUCAGUUAUUUCUGGGUUUUCCUGUUUUGGGCUCGAUGAGCAUCGUGGAACAGAUGCAACAGAUGUUGGACAUGUGAGAUUUGGCACUCGAUGUUCCAAAACUAAUUUCUGUGAUCAAGGGUCUUGCAAUGGAUCUUUAACUGCACUCAAUUAUGACUGCACCCCAGAAAAAUGCAAUUUUAGAGGAGUAUGCAAUAAUCUUCGGAAUUGCCAUUGUCAUGUAGGUUGGGACCCUCCUGACUGUGUAGGAGAUGGACCUGGAGGGAGUUUGGACAGUGGAAGCCUUCCACUUACCAUACGCAGAGUAAGACAGAGCAAACAGCCAGUUGUAUAUUUAAGAUUGAUCUUUGGUCGAAUUUACGUCUUCAUAGGCUCACUGCUCUUUGGAGUGGCCUUUUGUGUAACCAUGACUAAGAUUAUCACGUCUGAAGACUGGCUGGCUAAUUUACGUCAUGCACAAGAACAUGGGCAUAUGAUCAGAUAUGCACGAAAUAGACCAAAGUAAAUAUACAUUAGCCUCCUGGUCCCUGUAAAAUAAAGAUAAAUAAAAAGAAACUAUGAAUGUCAACAAGGAGAUAAGUUAAAACUCAAGUCCACAGUUCUGAAGAGCCUGAGGUGAUUUUACGGGGACACAGGGAUCUUUGAUGUUCAUACUACCUGUAUUUGAUAGGUUGCUGAACCUCACAUUGGAAUAAAUCUUCAAAAUUGCAAA